AUGCAAGUGACUCCCAUCUUGGAACUACCAUGGAAGUAUGCUAAUUUUAGUAAAGCUAUAAUCGUCGGAUGCCUCCCCCCAUUCCGGGCUAUAAUUUCGAAAGGGCCAAGCAGUAUCCAGUACCGCUACGGGUUUUCGAGUGGCAAUUCGGCUUCCCACCCUAUUUCGCCGCACGGCAAACUCCGUCCCACUACAACAAAUUGGAGCGAGGUUCCGUUGCCCGUGCAGGAUUACCACAACCUAGAUUUUGAGAUGCAUACACCGCAAGCCGUGCAUAUUAACGGAGGCCAGGUUGGCGGACACCCAAACAACCCGAAAGAUAGGCCGCGAAGGAUGGACCUUGAAAUCAAAAUGGUGCAGGAAUUUAGCGUGGUUGCCUCGAAGUAA